AUGACAGUUCUCGCAGAGGUUAUUAUUCACAGAAAUGCCGGCGGCAAUGUUCGCCACGCCCUCCGCAACAUGAUCAUCUUAGAUGAAGUCCUGGGUCUCAAGGAAAUUGCCCUUGUCCAUCACACUGACUGCAGCACCCUUCGAUUUCGAGAUGAUGACAUCCGACGGUCCCUCAAACUAAAGACAGACUCCCAGUAUUGGCCUGUCAUUGAUAGCAUGCAUAUGGGCGCAAUCACCGAUGUCGAACAUAGUGUGCGUGAUGACCUUGAGUGGCUUGAAGCGACGCCUUUUGUAAGGAAAGACUUGACGGAAAGAGCACGAGGUCUCGUCUUUGAUGUUAAGACGGGGCUGGUGAAUCCGGUCACUCAGUAG